AUGGCUGAAGCUCCACCACCUCCUGCGGAAAGACUUCUGGGUAAUUAUGGAGGUGCAAAUUCUCCUACUGGAAGGUUAACAAUUGUGAACCAAUCGGUAAAUGUUGAUCACUUUCAGCUACACCCUUCAACGAUUCGUCAACUCGAAAGGAGACCGUUCUCCGGAAAAAUCAAUGAAGAUGCCAACAAGCAUUUACAAAGAUUUAUGACCAUGACGACAUCGUUAAAAAUUGAGGGACACUCAGAGGAAGCUAAAAAGUUGGUGAUGUUUCCGUUUACACUAUCGGAAGAUGUCGAAGAUUGGUUUUACUCUUUACCUGCGGGAAGCAUAACAGCUUGGCAACAAAUAGAGACAACAUUUUUGAAUGAGUACUUCCCUACUUCUGUGUAUAUCCACAAGAGAUAUGAUAUUGUUAAUUUCAAACAGAAGGAAGGAGAGUCACUCGGAGACGCUUACAAGAGGUUCAAGCGAUUUGUAAGUCAACCUGAAGGUAUCAUUGAUCUCAAGCUAGCAAAUCCAGUGGUGAAGAUGGAAGAUCAAAUAACAGCUGAAGUAGAGAGAAGACUCAAGAAAAUGACUCUUGACACUCAAACGGAGGCACGAGUGCAACCAGUCCAACCUAUUCAAGUUGUUAGUUGUGAAAUUUGCGAAGGACCUCACUUCACCAUGCAUUGUGUGGCAACUGCACAACAGGACCAGCAAGGAAAUGCUCAGAAGCAAGCACCCACCCAGUAUCUAAGCCAACCACAACAACAGUAUCGACCACAACAACAACAACCUUACCAGCAACAGCAGUUUCACCAAUCCCAACAACAAUUUCAACAACAGGUACCAAGAAAAACAGAUUGGGAAAUUGCCAUUGAAAAAAUGGCAGCUCAAAGUUCACAAUUUCAAGAGGAGACUAGAAGUAAUCUGAGAAACACUGGUGCUUCAAUAAAAAAUCUGGAAGUGCAAAUGAGUCAGAUUGCUCAACAACUCGCAGAUGAUGAUCAAGAAGACCAAUUGCUUGAAGUUGAUUUGGAGAUAAAAGAAAAUGAGGUUGUUAGUGAAGAGGUGACGGUACCUAAACUAGUGGUUAAAGAAAAAGUUAGUGAAUCAAAGUCGGUUGUCAAACUCCUUUUCCCCAUAAGAAAUAAGAAGAAAAAGCAACAUGAGAAGAACUUCGUGAAAUUCUUGGAGAUGUUCAAAAAGCUUGAGAUUAACAUUCCGUUCUUGGAGGCACUUGAGCAAAUGCCCUCUUAUGCUAAAUUCAUGAAGGAUAUUAUUUCAAAAAGGAGGAGCACUGACACUGACUCUAUUGUACUAACCGAAACUUGUAGUGCUAUUUUGCAGGGUAUGAAGAUUCCGGUAAAGAAAAAAGAUCGAGGAUCGAUUAGCAGGGCCUAUGAGAUGGUGCUUUUUUGGAGUCAGUUGUCUUUUGCUACUGCUAAUGCUAUUCCUUUGACAGCAGAAAAAGACAGUACAAGCAUGGCCUGGAGUGUUGUGACAGAAAAAAUGGCCAAGGGUUUUGGUUUUGGUGCUUUUUGUUCUUGA